AUGUCUCCAUCCCCCAACCAACAUCAACAGGCCGCCGGUGAGCCAAAGACCGGCGGUCUUCGCGAUGGCGACGCCAUUUCUGUCGACUCUCCCAGCAACGGUACGCCCGAGAAGACGUCCGGCGAGCCUGCUGCUCCUUACACCGAAGGCGAUAUGGAGAAGCCUCCAUUUGUGUUCACAACGCAGGCCAAUGGCGAAGAAGAAGCCUUUGACGAGAACGACCCCAGAAUUAAGGACAUCCCGGCCUAUGUGCGCCGCAUCGUUUCGCUGCACGACGACCCGGAUCUGCCCUGCCUCACCUUCCGGUACUUCGUCCUCACUAUUAUCUUCGUCAUACCUGGCGCCUUUUUGUCGAUGAUGAGCCAUUUCCGCACGACCUAUGCGCCAUACUCUAUCUUCUUCGUCCAGAUCGCUUCCAGUUAUUGCGGCGCAUGGCUUGCCAAGGUCUUGCCGGCGUGGGAGGUGAAGGUUCCGUUCACAAAGUUCAGCUUCAACCUCAACCCGGGGCCGUUCAACGUGAAAGAGCAUGUCCUGAUUACGAUUUCGGCGGCAUCGGGCGCCACUUACAACCUUGGAUACACCCCGGUUGCAAUGGCUGAGCUUUACUUCAACUCCAAGAUUCACCCAGCAGCGGCAAUCUUCUUCAUGUGGGGUAUUGUCUGGACUGGCUACUCGUUUGCCGCGCUGGCCAGGCAAUUCCUGAUCUACGAUCCUCAGUUCCCGUGGUUUACGGCGCUCUGCCAGACCGCCUUAUUUGAGACGCAAAAGAAGCAGCGCGAGGCCCCGACGGCCUCGUCUCGCAAGCAAACAAAGGUCUUCUUCUGGGCUCUUCUCGGCAUGACCUUGUGGCAAUUCCUGCCCGAGUACAUCUUCCCGAUGCUCGGAUCUCUGGCUUUCCUCUGCUGGGUGGCACCCAACAACCCGGUUGCCAACUUUGUCGGUUCUGGAUUCGGAGGAAUGGGCGUCCUGAACCUGUCGCUGGACUGGUCCAAUAUCUCGACAAACGGAUCUCUCUUCCUGACUCCGUGGUGGACCCAGGUCGUCAUGUUUGCCGGUUUCGUCUGCAGCGUGUGGAUCUUGAUCCCGGCGGCAAAGUACGGUCAUCUCGGCGAAUGGCAUAAGCACUUGAUGUCGAACAGACUCUUCCUCGAGAACGGCACGGCGUAUCCCACCACCAAGCUGCUCACCGCGGAUGUCUCCUUCAACGAGACGGCCUACGAGUUGUAUGGCCCUCCCUUUGUCAGCACUCAGGUUCUAUGGACCAUGUUCUUUGAUUAUGCUGCGUACACGUCGGCAAUUGCAUGGGCCGCUCUUUUCGGAUACAAGACUAUCAAGACCAGUCUUCAAAAGAUGCUGGACCGUAUGAGGAACGGAUCGCAAAUCAGUACGCAGUACAACGACCAGCUCAGCAUCCUGCAGCGGAGCUACAAGGAAGUGCCCCUAUCAUGGUUUGCUGCGCUUUUUGGUGCGUCAGCCAUCGCUCUUAUUACGAUCACAGCCACCGGAAACAUGUUCAUCCCCGUAUGGACAUACUUCGUUGCCAUUGGAACCGGUGCAAUCUUGGUUGUACCCCUUGGCUGGCUGUACGCACUAAGCAAUUUCCAGCUGGCUAUUGGUACAGUUAAUGAGCUGCUUUACGGAUUAAUGGUCAACUCUGUGAGCGGGUUCAAGAACCCGACUGGCGCAUCAGCAUACGGCGCCAUUGCCGGAAACGCAUGGUACCGCGCACAACUCAAUCUCCAGGAUAUGAAGGUCGGACAUUACAUGCACGUGAGUCCGAAGGCGGUGUUCUUCUCGCAGGUCUUUGGCUCAUUUCUUGGUGUACCCAUCAACUAUGCUGUUGUUCGCUGGGUUUUGGACACCAAGUUUGACUACCUCACGGGAGCGAAGGAAGACCCCGCGCACCAAUGGACCGCUCAGUCCCUGACCUCCAACCUCACAAUGGGUGUACAGUACGUCCUCAUCGGUCCCCGAAGGCUCUUCCAGCAACACAUCUACAAGGUCCUCCCGUACGGCUUCCUCGUCGGCGCCUUCACUCCACUCCUCAUCUACGGCCUUCACCGCGCCUUCCCUCGCGCCAAGUUCCAGUUGUGGAACUCGACCAUCUUCUUCUCGGCCAUGGCUAGCUUCUAUGGCAACAUCAGCACUGGUUACGUGAGCAGCUUGAUUGGUGGUUUCGUAGUCAUGUUCUGGGCGUAUCGCUACCGGUAUGACCUCUGGGCGAGGUGGAACUACAUCUUGGCUGCUGCUUUCGAUGCCGGAUUCAACUUCAACAUGCUGCUGACGUUCCUAUUUUUUGGUGCUGGGAAGAUUGUCACCAUGCCCAACUGGUGGGGCAAUGAGGCUUCGAGUUCCGAGCGCUGUUUUGCUCUUGAAUAA